AUGGCGCGCGGCUGCCUGCAGGCCGUCAAGCUGCUCAUGUUCGCCUUCAACCUGCUCUUCUGGCUGGGAGGAUGCGGAAUCCUGGGGGUGGGCAUCUGGCUGGCCGCCACACAGGGGAACUUCGCCACCCUGUCCUCCUCCUUCCCGUCCCUGUCGGCCGCCAACCUGCUCAUCGUCACCGGCACCUUCAUCAUGGCCAUCGGCUUCGUGGGCUGCAUUGGGGCCAUCAAGGAGAACAAGUGCCUGCUGCUCACCUUCUUCGUGCUGCUGCUGCUGGUGCUGCUGCUGGAGGUCACCGUCACCGUCCUCUUCUCCGCCUACACUGACAAGAUCGACAGGUAUGCGCAGCAAGACCUGAAGAAGGGCCUGCACCUGUACGGCACCCCGGGCAACGUGGGGCUCACCAACGCCUGGAGCAUCAUCCAGACCGACUUCCGCUGCUGCGGUGUCUCCAACUACACAGACUGGUUCGAGGUCUACAACGCCACGCGCGUGCCCGACUCCUGCUGCCUGGAGUUCAGCGAGAGCUGCGGGCUGCACGCACCUGGCACCUGGUGGAAGGCGCCCUGCUAUGAGACGGUGAAGAUGUGGCUCCAGGAGAACCUGCUGGCCGUGGGCGUCUUCGGGCUGUGCACGGCGCUGGUGCAGAUCUUGGGCCUGACCUUCGCGAUGACCAUGUACUGCCAGGUGGUGAAGGCCGACACCUACUGCGCAUAG